GUUGUUACGGCGUGGCGGUGCAGUUUUGUCACGUUGCCUGUGUAUGUCGUAUAAAUUUUACGUGAAAUAAGUUUUAUAAUGGGGAAGACUAGGAAGGGCUUCAAUUGGAAAUCCAGACAAGUUGGGCAGACAGCUAUAGAUAAUUCAUCAACUGCCAAGAUUAAAAUAGAUGACAGUGUUAUUCUGCGUGACAGUUAUGACGAAUGCAAUGCGUUGGUUAUCCCGUCAGAAAAGAGAAGGACUAAGACGAAAAAUGAUACAGUUACUGUGAAAAAAAUUUUGUCCAAAACUCAAAGAAAACGUCUACAAAAGAUUGUCGACAAAAAGAAGAAAAAAGAAAACAGAUCUGCACUUCUGGAAGCUUUGUCGAAGGUUCAGCUACAGCCACAAUAUUUGAGUCAACUAACAUCCAUAACAUCUAUUCAGACGAAGGGUUUGAAAAAACACUUCCUUGAGCAGGAGAAGGUUGAUAAUAAAAUUACACGAAAGCGGAGAAAUGAUAAAAAUGAAGAGGAAGUGCAGAUUAUUAACAGUAUUUCUGGCAGUCGGAAACGUAAGCGCUUACUAAUGAUGGGUACUGAGGUAAACAAAACUUCAGAAGGCAAGGAUCCAAAUGUUGUAGGAUUUGAGACUUCAAGUGAUGAUGAUGACGACGAUGACGAUGUUGACAGUGAUGAUGAUGAUGAUGAUGAUGAUGAUGAUACUUGUGAUGAAGGAAGUGACAAUCUGAGAGAAGUUGAAGAAGAGACUGAAGGAAAUGAUAUACAUGACCGCAGUGUUGAACAGGAUUGUGUCCAGGAAGUUAAGACUAAACAGGAUGAUCCUGUUUGUCAGCGGUCAUCUGAAACAUUAUCUUACCCUCAGAAUCAUGCAUCAAAACAGAGAGGCAAUGCUGAACUCAAGGAAAAGCAGCAAAAUACUACAAGGAAACCAGCAGUGUUUGUUCCAGUGAAUAGGAAUCCAAAAAUUCAGGAGAGUCGACUCAAACUUCCUAUACUGGCUGAGGAGCAGGCUAUCAUGGAGGCAGUAAAUGAAAACCUUGUUGUUAUUUUGGCUGGAGAAACAGGCAGUGGGAAGACUACCCAAGUUCCUCAGUUCUUAUAUGAAGCAGGUUAUGCAAGAGAUAAUAGAAUGAUAGGCAUAACAGAACCAAGAAGGGUAGCUGCUAUCUCCAUGUCAAAACGAGUUGCAGAGGAGAUGAAUUUGUCAAGCUCUGAGGUGUCUUACCUUAUCAGGUUCGAGGGCAAUGUUACUGAGAGUACACGAAUAAAGUUUAUGACGGAUGGUGUACUUCUAAAAGAAAUCCAGAGCGACUUUUUACUGUCCAGAUAUUCCAUCAUCAUCUUGGAUGAAGCUCAUGAGAGGAGUGUGUAUACAGAUAUUUUGAUUGGUCUGUUAUCUCGUAUUGUGCCACUGAGGAAUAAGCGAGGUAACCCUCUGAAACUUGUCAUCAUGUCUGCCACUCUGAGACUGGAAGAUUUUACUGGGAACCCCCGCCUCUUCAAGACCACACCACCUGUUAUUAAGGUGGAUUCUCGUCAGUUUCCUGUCACAGUCCAUUUCAAUAAGCGAACAGCAGCUGAUUACGUAGCAGAGGCUUUCACCAAGGCCUGCAAGAUUCAUACUCAGCUGCCUGAAGGUGGAAUUUUAAUAUUUCUUACUGGACAGCAAGAAGUUAAUGUCUUGGUGAGGAAACUUCGAAGAGCUUUUCCAUUCCAUGGGAGGAGGAAAGAAAAUAAGAAGAAUAAAGGACAGAUUUCAAGAAGUGAGUCUCAAAAGAGAGACAUAGAAACAGAAGGGGAUGUUGUAGUUGAUGAAGAGGAAAUGGAACUGGACAUGCAAAAAGCAAUUCAGAAUGCUCGCAAGGCAAAGAAGAUUCGUAAGGGAGAGAUGGCAUUACCAGAUAUAAACCUGGAUAACUACUCUGUCAUCCCAGGAGAUGACACAGAAGUAGAUCUCCUGGGAGAAGAUGAUCUUGGGGAUAUUGAGUCAGAUGAAGAUGAGGAUCAACUGAAUCUGAGAGGACUAGCAGCAUGUCAGCCAUUGUGGGUACUGCCUCUAUACUCCCUUCUUCCAAGUAAUAAACAGGCUCUGGUGUUUGAACCCCCUCCUGAAGGUAGUAGAUUGUGUGUUGUAGCAACAAAUGUUGCGGAGACCUCUCUUACCAUUCCUAAUGUGAAGUAUGUGGUGGACUGUGGGCGUGUCAAGACUCGACUGUAUGAUAAAGUGACAGGUGUAUCUGCAUUCACUAUUACUUGGUGCAGCAAGGCAGCAGCCAAUCAGAGGGCUGGGAGAGCAGGACGAAUGGGGCCAGGACACUGUUAUAGGUUGUAUUCAUCUGCUGUAUUCAAUGACCAGUUCGAAGAUUUUUCUGCACCAGAAAUACAACGCAAGCCAGUAGAUGACCUUUUAUUGCAGAUGAAAGCAAUGAACAUUGACAAAGUUGUAAAUUUUCCAUUUCCAUCUCCUCCAGAUAUUGUACAAGUAAAGUCUGCAGAGAGGAGAUUAGUGCUUCUAGGGGCUUUGAAGGAAUCAGAACAUAAAGAUGACUGGGAUUCCAGAGUAACUCCCCUGGGUUAUGCCAUAUCUGCAUUCCCUGUGGCACCACGAUUUGGGAAAAUGUUGGCUCUGAGUCACCAGCAGGGCCUACUUUCUUACACAGUGUGCAUGGUGGCUGCUCUGUCUGUUCAGGAAGUGCUGUUAGAGGUCCUUGUACAAAACUGUCAGGGUGAAAUAGAAAAUUCAAAACAAACACGAAUGCAGUGGAGCCAGACAAGAAGAAAGUGGGCUGGAGUUGGGAAUUCAUUGCUUUUAGGAGAUCCAAUGGUGCUUUUACGAGCAGUAGGAGCAGCAGAGUUUGCAAAUAGACGUGGUCAGCUGUUACAGUUCUGCACAGAUAAUGGGUUAAGACACAAGGCAGUUGCAGAGAUCCGCAAACUGCGACUACAGUUAACGAAUGAGGUCAACUUAAACUUGCCUGAUCUUAACCUAUAUGUUGACCCCAAUAUGGCUCCACCAACAGACACUCAGGCCAAAUUACUUCGACAGAUUUUGCUAGCAGGCAUGCCUGAUCAGGUUGCACAUAAAGUAGAUGAAGCUGAAAUAAAGGAAAAUGAGGAUAAAUUGAAAUGGAAACAUGCAUACAGAUGUGCUGAGCUGGAAGAGCCUGUAUUCAUGCACUCAGCAUCAGUACUGCGGAAGAAGAGCCCAGAGUGGGUGGUGUACCAAGAGGUUUUUGAGACCACCAAACUGUACAUGAGAGGUGUCACUGCUAUAGAACCUGAGUGGCUGCCUGUUUAUGCUCCUGCUCUGUGCAACUUAUCACCUCCUCUUGUUGAUCCACCACCUCGAUAUGAUGAUACGACUGAAAAACUGUUUUGUCAUGUCACAGGCACUUUUGGCCGUGCUGCAUGGCAGCUGCCCACAAUGGAAGUGGAAUUUCCUCCAAGUCUUGACUGCUACAAAUGGUUUGCUUGCUUUCUUCUGGAAGGUGUCAUCUUUCCAAAGUUGAAAAAGUAUAGAAGUUCAUUGCUUAGUGUUCCCAAAACUAUGGUGAAGACAUGGGCCAAGCUGCAACCCAGGACAGAUAUUCUUUUGAAAGCACUGGUUGCUCGACAAGUGGACUCAAAGGCAAAGCUGAUGGAAGCUUGGAAGAAAGACACUUCAUAUCUUUUAUCAGCAUAUCAAAACUGGAUUCCUGAAUCAGCCCACAAUGAUGUGGCACUCUUAUGGCCACCUCUGUGACAUCAUUGAACAACCUGUAAAUAACUGAACAAGCAAAGAGUUCAUAAGUAUAUUUAUAACUUUUAUAUCAAAAGCUAUUACAAUAAAUAUACUGUUGAUGAAUGAAACUGUAAAUUAUGGACAUAAAUCACAAACAAAUUGUGGAAAAAUAGUAAUGUUAAACACAUUUUUAAUACUUUUUCCACAAAUUUUAUAACAAUCCAUUUAAAACUGGACAUGGAGAAAGACAACUGGAAUGUGAGAUUUAGGGUUUAAAAUCCAACCAAGAACAGUUACUGCAAAGACAAGUUAGUAUGAAGUGAAUUUCAAUUAUGGAUAAAACUGUGUUGAAAGCAACGACAUGAAGAUUAAAUCCAUACUGCAAAAGAUAUGAGACUACCAUUACUAGGAGAUCAUGGUUGUCUUUUAAAUUCUCAAAGCAAAGAUGUAAUUAAUCUAUAUUGUACAGUAAGAUAUUUAUUGUGCUUUAAGAAGAGGCAUCCUUUAUGACUAAACACACAAAGAGAAGAGAGCAGUCUCAUCAGUCCUGGCAGGAACUGAACUGACCAUCCAGACUACUGUAUUGUUGGGUAUGAUGCUGUGUAGUUUAGUGCAUUAGAUACCAAGCUUUCCAAGAAACUUGGUGCCUCCAGUUUUAGGGUACAAGAUUCCUUUUCCCCAAAGACAGAGGCAGCAUGUUUCACUGAAACACUGGUACCUACCUAUUGAAUUACACCUGUCACAUUUUAGACUACAGUAGCCUUCAUAGUCACUACUCGUGACAGUAUUGUUACACUUUUAUUAUUUCACCAGGCCUUGCAUUUUAUGCUUAAACAGCCCAAUUUACUAAAACUGCUAACAGGUCCCGCAGCUUGGACACUGAAAAAGCACAGACAGAGAAUGCAUCUGUACAUAUUACUGUAAAUAUGUUUUAUAUACUUCUAAAAUAAAAUUAUAAUCCUCUGUACAA